CGUGAAUCGUGACCGCGCACCAUCUUGCUAAAAGAAUUAUGAAUUUAUCGCGCCGAAUAACCAAAGGACCCGCGAGAACUUCGCUAUCUUUGUAAACGUGUUUACCAGAUAGUCGCCUCGUGUCGUCGUAUCGUGCGAAUUUAUCGAGUACCGUGACAAACCAAGCAAUGGAAAUUGUUUGGCACAGAAUCUCACUACGCAUUAUGUCGACUAUCACUAGUUCGUGCUAUCGUUCAAUUCGAAUCGUACACUUAAAUUAAUCUGUAUUCCACUUGACGUUUUCGUAUUCGAUAGUAUUCGAGACUUUUCUUCGUUUACACGAACACAAUGUACAUACACUAUGUUUCUAAUUAUCGAGAGAAUGAAGCAAAGAAUAAAGUGCCGCCAAGGAAAGCAACAAAACGACCAGCUUCGGCUCCUGCAAAAAGCCAACGGGAGCCAAAACAGAUAAGGAAAAAACAAGAAUUAGUUGUGAAACCCGAUUUACGGCAAUCUGCGACUGGCGGCGUAAUAUUAGUAUUUGGACAAGGCGAUGUUGGACAACUUGGUUUAGGAGAGGAAGUUGUUGAAAAAACACGUCCCGCAACUGUUCCUGGAUAUCAAGAUGUCGUAUCUAUAGCAGCUGGUGGUAUGCACAAUGUGUGCUUAAGACAAACUGGAGGAGUAUUAACGUUUGGUUGCAAUGACGAAGGAGCAUUGGGACGAGAUACGUCUAGAGAUGGUUCUGAAACUGAACCAGAUUCUGUUGACCUACCUGGCAAAGCCAUUCAGGUGACGGCUGGGGAUUCUCAUAGUGCUGCUUUAUUAGAAGAUGGACGAGUAUUUGCAUGGGGUUCCUUUAGGGAUUCUCACGGUACCAUGGGUCUAACUCUAAAUGGAAACGAACGGUUCCCGAUAGAAAUGCUGCCUAAUAUAAAAAUAGUUAAAAUAGCAUCUGGUGCUGAUCACUUAGUAUUACUUGAUAAAAAUGGGCAUAUAUACACGUGUGGAUGUGGAGAACAAGGUCAAUUAGGACGAGUAGCUGCUAGAGCAGCUAGUAGAAAUACCCGUCAUGGUAUGGGACCUUUAUUAACUCCUGGAUUAGUUGAAUUUAAAGUUACUAAGAAAUUAGAAUUUGAUGAUAUAUGGGCCGGAACAUACUGUACAUUUGCUAAAGAAUAUCAGAAGGGAGAUAUAUAUGUAUUUGGACUAAAUAAUUACUAUCAAAUUGGCUUGAAAGAUCCUGUUACUCACUUUCAUCCACAAAUUUCAAAAACCUUUAGUGGAAAGACCUGGAGGCACAUUAGUAGUGGACAACAUCAUACAAUUGCUCUAGAUGAUUCUGGUCAAGUAUUUGUUAUGGGCCGUAAAGAAUAUGGCCGCCUUGGACUCGGAUCUAAUUGUUUGGAUGCAAAAGAAUUAACACUAGUUCCUAGCUUAAGUUCCUUUAAAUGUAUUGACAUCGCAGCAGGCAGUGCCCAAUCGUUUGCUGUUACUGAAUUAGGAGAUUUAUAUUCAUGGGGUAUGGGUUCAAGUGGCCAGUUAGGUACAGGCGAAGAAGAAGAUGUUGAGAUACCUACACUAGUCAAAGGAAAGCAAUUGGAGGGGAAAACAGUGAUACGAGUCGCAGGUGGAGGACAACAUACACUAGCAUUAGCGACAAUUCAUCCGGUAAAGGAGAAGACUGCUGGUUAACAAUAAAUAAUUGAAAAUUAAAUUGAAAUUUGAACUGUUUCACACAUGAUGUGAUAAUAAUUUGAACAACGAAAGGAGAAGAACAAUUUUCAUUCUCCUUAAACAAAAAUUGCACUAAAGGGGAAAAUAUGAAUAUUACGGUAUAACGUAAUUUCAAUAUUAAUAUGAUACUUAAAUUUGUACAUAAUUUUUUGUGCUACCAAAAAUAUCAUUGUGUUUAUAUAUCGACUGAGUUUUUGAUUGUAUUGUUAGUUUUUCUACUUAAUUAUGUAUUACGAUGAAAUAAACAAUUUUCUACUUGCAAAUCAUGUUACAAAAAAAAAAAGCUCGUUUUUGUUGUACAAGACAGCAACAAAUUGAAUUUUUAUUUAAUCACUUCGAAAUAUUAAGUGAUUUGCUAAUUACAUUUACAUUAUUCAUACUGUACAAUUGAAUACAGAAUAAAUUUGUUACUACACUUUA